AUGGCCAUGGACAAGGAAAUGACGGAUUAUUUGAACCAGCUGCAAAUUAAGGAGACCUCGGAUCUUUACGUCCAAUGUAGCACCGUUUGUUUCAGUCGUUGUGUAAUGAACUUUACUGCCCGAAAGCUCAAUGACAAGGAGCUCGAUUGCAUCGAAAAGUGUACCCAGAAAUUUGCUAAAAUGAAUCAGCGCUUGACAAUCCGCCUCUUCGAACUGAACCGCGAUGAACUCGCAAAACAGCAGCAGCAACAGUAG